CUCUUCCCAUCAACCCCAUCCUGAUGGCUUAUGGCAAUAUCUCUCCUUCAGCUUAUGUGUUGGAGAUUUUUAAAGGAAUCAAGUCGAGUGAGCUGGAAGAGUCUCUGCUUGUGCUACCUUUUUCUUAUGUCCCGGACAUCCUUAAGCUCUUUAAUGAAUUCAUCCAGCUGGGCUCUGAUAUUGAACUUCUGUGUAGGUGCCUCUUCUUUCUGCUCAGGAUUCACUUCGGGCAGAUCACUAGUAACCAAAUGCUUGUGCCAGUGAUCGAAAAGUUAAAGGAAACAACUAUUUCAAAAGUCAGCCAAGUCCGGGAUGUUAUUGGCUUCAACAUGGCAGGUCUUGAAUAUCUCAAGAGGGAAUGCGAGGCGAAAAGUGAAGUUAUGUUUUUUGCUGAUGCAACCAGCCAGUUGGAAGAAAAGAAGAGGAAGAGGAAAAAGAGGGAGAAGCUAAUUUUAACAUAUACUUAGAACUCAAAUGUGGUGCCCUUUUCUUUUUAUUUAAAAGGACUUCUAAACUAAGCAGUGGAAUUGGUGUCAACUUGGAAAUAACCAAGUAACAGAGCUUGUUGUGUUACAGAAGAUGUCAGGAUGUGGUUCCCAGCUUUGCCUGAGGAAAUGCCCAGUGUAGGACUGUGGGCUCUAUUUCUUGGACUUACGGCUUGAUAGUUUAAAAUCUCUCUGUGCCCCCAAAGGUUGAGCCCUUCAGGAGUUGUUCCUGUUAUAUUCUAGCAGGGAACAACGAACUUUUUUUUACUAGUUUUUGACUAGAGCUGAAAUGAACAUUUCAAAAGUUUUUCUUAUUUCUGUGAUAACAGAAGAUUUAAUGAUGUGUUACUCUUUGUAUUAUGUUUUACCUCCUGCAGAGACUAUCAGGUGCACAGUUGAUUGCCCUCUCCCAUUAAAUGCAGAGUCGUGGACCUAAAGAGCUGAAAAGGACCAUAAAAAUUCUCUAAAACACCCUCCUUUAACUUCACCUCUUAGAGGUGGUUAUAUCUGUAUAUAAAAAUAUCUAAUUGCUAAUUUUUCUC